ACUGCACCACCUGUGACAAACAUCUAAAAUGGCAACACCUGAUGUCUCAACAAAUGUGACUUCUACCUUAAAGUCUGUAACCAAAACCAGUGUUUCACAGAACACAACCCAAAUGUCUACAUCUACAGUGACCCCUGCCCACAAUAGUUCAGUGACAUCUGUUUCUUCAUCAGUAACAGUCUCAACAACUAUUCAUUAUAAAGAAAAUAAAGAAUCGAAAUUUGAUACUGGCAGCUUUGUUGGUGGUAUUGUAUUAACACUGGGAGUUUUAUCCAUUCUUUACAUUGGAUGCAAAAUGUAUUACUCAAGACGAGGCAUUCGAUACAGAACCAUAGAUGAACAUGAUGCUAUCAUUUAAGGAAA